AUGAGCCAAGCUGAUGUGCAAACAGGUGUUUCAAACCAAGAAAUCUUCCUGAAGGCAGUUCGGAAAGGCGACACGACCGAACUGCAGAAAAUCCUUCAGAGGUGGGAAGGUAAUGUGAACUUUUACGAUAAAGAAGGGCAAACGGCUCUACACCAAAGUUGCCUGGAUGGAAAUUUGGAAUUGGUGAAACUUUUAGUAAAAUUCGGAGCUGAUGUGCGGUUGGCGAAUCGAGAUGGUUGGAGUGCUCUUCAUAUUGCUGCUUACGGUGGACAUCAAGACAUUGCGUUAUAUUUAAUCGCCAACUCUAGAAGAUAA